AUGGUUGUUCUCUCAGAAGUUUCAGAAGUGUUUUCAUCUUCUUCAUCAACUCAUGGUCAUAGAUAUGACAUAUUUUUAAGUUUCAGAGGUCUUGAUACCCGUAAUAGUUUCACCGCUUACCUUCAUAAGGCUCUCAUGGAUGCCAAUAUUGCUACCUUCUUGGACGAUGAAGAAAUUGAAACUGGGGAAAAUCUGAAACCAGAAUUGGAGAGUGCAAUUAAAGCAUCUAGGGCUUCAAUUAUUGUUUUGUCCAAGAAUUAUGCUACUUCCACAUGGUGUCUUGAUGAAUUGGUGCUGAUCCUUGAGCAACGUAUGGCAUCCAACCAUAUUGUUAUUCCGAUCUUCUACCAUGUUGAGCCCACCGAUGUCAGGAAGCAACAAAGUAGCUUCGGAGAAGCAAUAGCUAAGCAUAGACUAUCGAUGGAGGCGGAGAUAGACGAAAUCAAAAGACAUAAAUGGGCUCAAAAGAUGAACCGAUGGAGUAAAGCGCUUACCGAAGUUGCUGAUUUAAAAGGGAAGAACGUUGAAGGCAGGCAAGAGACGGAGGUUAUUGAAGAGAUUGUUAAGGAUAUAUACACUAGAUUACGUAUAUCCUCAAGGAAUCCUUUGCCACAACUUUUUGGGAUGUACAAUUCCAUUGAAUUCGUCACUUCAUGGUUGAAAGAUGCAUCCUCACAUACGAUAGAUAUACUCACUAUUUUGGGUAUGGGUGGGAUCGGGAAGACAUCUUUAGCCAAAUAUGUCUAUGGUUUAUGUUCUUAUGAAUUCAUUGCAAGCAGCUUUAUUGAAGAUAUCAGUAGAAGAUGUGACGAAAAAUUGAACGGGUUGCUUGAUGUACAAAAACAACUAUGUGAUGACAUUUCAAAAACAUGUCAGAUUCAAGUUCAUGAUGCUUCUAUAUACACCUCAAUGAUAGAGAAUGCAGUAGCCAGUAAAGAAGUGUUUCUAGUUCUUGAUGAUAUUGAUAGCCUUGAUCAAUUGGAUGCAUUACUCGGAAACGGAAAGAAAGGUUUUCAUCCGGGAAGCAAAAUUAUAAUAACAACAAGGGACACAUGGUUGACAGAGAGUUGUGCACUAUUCAAAUCGAAUGCUAAACCCAAGCAUGUAAAACAUUUUCUUCAAGGCUUACAUGAAAUAGAAUCACGGAAACUUUUAUGUUUUCAUGCAUUCACGUCCUAUGGUCCCAAGGAAGGUUAUUGGGAGGUAUCAGAAAAGCUUGUGAAGUAUUGUGAAGGACAUCCAAUGGCUCUUAAACUUUUGGGGAGGUCUCUACAUAAUCGAGGUGUAGCUUAUUGGGAGGGGUACAUAGAUAGGCUAAAGAAAGAAAAUGGUUCCCCUAUAAAUAGAGAUGUUACUGAAAUAAUAUUAAAAGGAUGUGAUAUAGACACAAGAUCCGGGCUCACAAAUCUCAUUGAUAGAUGCCUUCUUAGUAUCGGACGGAAUAACAAGUUGAUGAUGCAUCAACUGUUUCAAGAGAUGGGAAGAUUUAUAGCAUGUGAAGAAUCACCUGAUAAGCCAUGGAAGCGAAGUCGAUUAUGGUUUCAUGACGACAUAUUUAAAGCGUUAAAACAAAAAAAGGGUUUCAGAAAUCUUCUUGGCCUUGCCUUAGACAUGCAAAGGCUUAAGAAAGAGAAGUUGCAUGCAUCAUUUGAGCUGAAAACAGAUGCAUUGAGUAACAUGGAUAACCUGUUGCUACUACAACUCAACUAUGUGCAAAUUAAUGGAUCUUAUGAGAAUUUUCCAGAAGAAUUAAGAUGGUUGUGUAUGCAUGGGUUCCCUUUAAAGUCUAUACCUUUAGACUUACCAUUGGAGAAUCUGCUUGCUCUUGACAUGUCAUAUAGCAAUAUUGAAUCAUUUGACAUUUGCUAUAGUAAUCCACAACGGCUUCAAAAGAGACAAAAGUUGAGUGGAUCAUGCAUAAAAGAAAAGAGGUCGCUCGGAUCACUAAAGAUUCUUAAUUUGAGUUUCUGUGAAAAACUUCGUAGUCUGAGUGGCUUUGACGAACUCCCCGCACUUGAGAGGUUAAUAGUUAGAAAUUGCAUCUGUUUGCUCGAGGUUUGUGAAUCAAUUAAGCAAUGUUUUGAACUUAACCUCAUUGAUCUGAGUUAUUGCAUCAAGCUUGAAAAACUUCCAAGAAGCUUAGGCAUGCUAAAGAAAGUUAAAACACUAUUGCUAAAUGGUUGUCAUCUAGGUGAAUCUCGAAUUGAGAACAGGGAUAUGAAUUCUCUGGAAAUGAUCAAGGUUAACAACAUUGGUAUAAACACAAAAACCUCUUCCUCAGCCAUACCAAAUGACUCGAAGUUCUUUGGCCUUUCUUUACCCAGAUCUUUAGUAACCCUGUCACUUGAAGAUAAUAAAUUGUCCACUGAAUCAUUUCCCAUGGACUUUAGUUACCUAUCCAUGUUAAAGGAAUUAUAUUUAGAUUACAAUCCUAUCCUCUCCCUGCCCAAUUGUGUGAGAAGCCUUCCUAGGCUUGAGAUACUUAGCAUGACAAACUGUAAUAUGCUUACGUCAGUUGAGCAUCCUCCACCUACACUAACAUAUUUGAACCUCUAUUCUAAUUGUAAGCCUAUCGUACGAAAAAUUGUAUUUGAUCCAGAAAUGUUCAUGCUCCCGUUCUUCAUAUUGCCGAGUAUAUUAGCAACUUCAUCAUUUGAAUUUGAAGGCAUGAUCAAAAUCCAAUCAAUGGAAGGUAUUGAGGAAAAGGUAUUACGUAGUAUGGGUUGGACAAAGCUAGACUUCUUUAACGAAAGGCGUGUGCAAACUAGUAUUUUUGACAAAUCUGAAAUCAAGAUGUAUUAUGAAUUUGGAAUAUUCAGCACAAUUUAUGGAGGUGAAGAGAUGCCGAAUUGGAUUACAAAUAGAAGCAUGGGGCCAUCAAUAUCAUUUACCAUCCCAUCAUCUCCCAACAGGUUCAGAGGAUUGAAUUUCAGCUUUGUGAGGACGCGUCUAUUUCUGAAUAAGAGGCAUGAAUUUGUAUAUGAUGACUUCAUUUAUGUGCCAAUGAUCAUAAUUAGUAAUAUAACAAAGAACCUCAUCUGGAUGUACGAACAUCACAUUGAAAGAGUCGUCGUUGGUGGAGAGUUUAUGACAUUUUUAAGCCAUUGGAUGUUUAGGGUGAAUGAGAUGGAAGCUAGUGACCAUGUUACUAUUAUGGUUACAAGUGUUAAAGAUCUCUAUAAUCAACUUAUAAUGGAGUGUGGGACGAUGCCUGCUAUAAAGAAGAAGAAGUGUAUUUCAGAGCCUUAUCAUAAAGGAAGUCUGACAUAUUUGGUCUUGCAUGUGAGCAUUGCUUCCAUGAUCAAUAAGCACAGCAGAUUGAUCCUGUGAAAAAUAACACUUGUGAGCAGCUUAUUGGAAAUGGGUAGAGUUGGUCUGGAGUUCCUUUGCAAUAAAUGUACGACAAUGGAGAAGCUAGGGUUUCAUGGGUGGUUUAUGAUGGAUGAGAUGUGAGGAGAAAGAACCGACAUUAGAAAGAGGCAAAGAAAAUGGGAAUGUGGAGUCGGCAUUCCAAAGCACAGUGGUGGGGGUAUUCCUGGGGAUUUUGCUUUAUAUUGAAAACAUAUAGAAAAAUCAUUGUAAAUUAACUUUUGAUAUUGUAUGCAUGAGUUAUGGAC